UGUUUUUUUAAUAGAAAUAAAUUCAGCUUUAUUAUAAUUAGCUACUUUUUAUAGUUCAUUUCCUUUAGGGAUUUUUAGUCUUGAUCACCAAAAAGUCUGUUUGGCGUUAUAGUCACCGCCAACAAUAAAAUAGUUGUCCAAUGUUUGAAUGGAAAAACUUAUUCAAUUUUUUGAAGCCUGCGCCACUUUGAGGUGGACAAUAAAUUUCUGUAACAUAGAAAUUAUUAUUUUUAUCAAUGACCCCAAUAUUUGUUGAUUGUAUGUGCACUGUUGAAUACUUUACUAACUUAUAAUGCUUAAUAGAUUAUUUUAUAAUAACUGCUGUACCAUCCUGUGUUCUACUAUUCGGGUAUAAAGUAAUGUAAAUGUUUUAAUCUUUUAUACUCAUGAAAGUAUACAGGAAAAAUUUAUUUCUCAAAUAAGGGCUAUGUCAAUGCUCUCAUUAAUUAAGAACUUCUCAAAUUCUUGUUUUUGCUAUUUUAGCCCGUUGGCGUCCUAGCUAUCAUUCGCAAUGUACAAUUUAUUUCUUCUUUUUGUUAUUAUUUUUAGACUUAUAAUGAUCACUUUCUAGCUCACCAAUUCUAUUUUUCAGGUUUAUUUAGAAUUUUGUUAUAUUUUAUUUUUAUAGAAACUAUACUCUAUUUUUGCAUAUAAAACAAUUAAUGUUACAGUUUUCAUCCGUUUCUUCUGAAAACGUUGUAACGCAGAUGUGUUCUUAUUUGUGCUCAUUUAUAGACUAAACAGCCUUUCCAAUUUGCUGUGUGGGCUUCUCCACUAUUGGCACAUUUCGAUCUUUAGCAAUCUUCAGUUUUAUGAAGAUCUUUACCAUAUUUUAUACAGAUAGUUUUUAUAACAAUAGUUUUGAGUGUGUCUAAAAGACUGACUAUUUUUACACUGAGGCACACUUUUUUUUUUUCGGAGUUCUAUUUUUAUUUUAUGAUAACAUAAAUUAUUUAUGUCGUACAUAUAUUUAUUAUCAUGUUGUACAAGGUCUAAAAAAAAUAAGGGUAAUUUUAUUCUUUUUGUUUUCACUAUUUUUAUCAUUAGGAUUUAAUUUUUUCCUUAUUUAAAUGUUAAUUACAGUAAAGUCUUGCUAAUCUGGUCAUCGCUUAUCCGGACAAUAUAUAUUUCGUACUUAAGUACUCCUUUAUAAUGUAUCUAUACAUACACAUAAAUAUUAUUUAUAUCAAUGUUGAUUGUAUAGCAUAAUUGUAGAUACAUAUAUGUAGGUACCUCUACGAAAUAUUCGGUAAGAUAUGAUAGUUUCGAUUACAUAUUGUGAUAUUGUUUCGUUUAGUGGUGAUUGUGUACUCGUGUCGACCGUUACGUUUAUUUUUUCCUCCGCUUAUUUUAAAAACGGUGUAAAAUGACAACUUAGGUUAAACGUAAGAGAGUGAUAGUAGCCAUGGAACAAAAACUCUUAGCUUUAUUUCGUAUUGAUGCUGGUAAAUUACUAACAACAAUUUUACAAGAGUUAGGAGUAGGUAAACAAACCGUUUCUGAUUGGAAGAAAAAUCGAGUAGAAAUUGAACAUUUUUGUGCCAAAAUGGUGAGCGUGGACAGUUUAGGUAACAGACGCACGUGAAGAAAACCAAACAACGAACUUUUAGACGAGGCUUUUUAUAUUUGGUUUUGUCAACAACGUGAACAGGACCUUCCGUUGUCGGGUGUAACGUUACAAGUUAUCGCGAUAAAAUUUAAUCAAAAAUUGAAAGGAGAUCUUACAUUUACUGCUAGUGUAGGAUGGUUGUCACGAUGGAAAAAUUGACAUGGCAUUCGUGAACUUGGUGUUAUUGGUGAAAUUUUAUCAAGUGAUAAUGUUGCAAGUGAAGAAUUCAAAAACAAAUUUGUUAAGUUUGUUAGCGAUCAAAACCUAACGCCUUGUCAAAUAUUUAAUGCUGACGAAACUGGGUUAAACUACAAAAUGCUCCCAAAAAAAAACAUAAGCCUCAAAUCUUGAUUCUGUAGCCAGAGGACACAAAGUGAAAAAAGAACGAAUAACUUUACUUCCUUGCUUUAACGCUUCUGGUGAUUUAAAAUUUCCACUUUUGGUGAUCGGAAAAUCAACUAAGCCUAGAGCUUUCAAAAACGUUAAUAUGAGUGCACUUCCAGCUCAAUACACUUCACAAAAAUCUGCUUGGAUGAACGGAAACAUUUUUAAAAAUUGUUUUUUUUAGAAAUUUGUGCCUACAACAAGGGAAUUUUUGAAACAGAAAAAACUCCCAGAAAAAGCUGUAUUGCUUACAGACAACGCUCCGUGUCACCCUAGUGAAAAUGAAUUACGAGAUGGUGAAAUUUUGGUGAUAUUUUUGUUGCCUAACGUGACGUCAUUAUAUAACCAAUGGAUCAAGGUGUGAUUGAAACGACAAAACGGCUUUACAAAAAAAAGUUGAUCAUGUUUCUUUUAGAGCAACAAUUAGCGAACCCGUUAGUUAACUUUCUGGAUCUUUUAAAAAAUGUAACAAUAAAAACUAUUCUUUAUUUAGUCGCAAAAGCGUGGGAAGAAAUUAAGCCAGAAACACUUCAAAAAAGUUGGGAAAAAAUGUGGCCUAAUAUUCCUCCAGAAAACUAUGGACAAGAUGAAACAACUUCUAAUGAGGACAUUGAUUUCAUUCAAGUUUUUAAAGAGUUGAAAGGUUGUGUCGACGUGGAAGAAAAUGAUAUUUCUGAAUGGAUAAACAGUGACACCGAUGUUAGUCAUCAGGUUCUUAGUGAAGAUGACAUCGUAAAUACAUGUAUUGAAAACACAAAAAUUGACAGUUCAGAAAAUGAAGAUAAUGGUAUAGAUCAAUCAACAGGCACGAUACAUGGUGAAGCCAGUGCAAUGCUGGAGCAGUUGAUGACUUACUUCGAGAAACAAAGUGAAACAUCUUCUGCUGUGCUACUGACUUUAAGGCGUCUAAGUCAUCGCACAGUGAAAUUACUUUAUUCUUCAUUAAUACAAAAAAAUAUCACGGAUUUUCUCAAUGUAACAAUGGUAUUACUUUGGACUACUGGAGAUGCUUUCAAAACUUGUUAUUUUGUCAGUCGUAAAGCUCCACUACAGUUUUGGAUGUGUGGUACACUUCAAGUCAUCAUAGAUAUAACUAUACUUAGUCAAGUAGUAUGGUAUAGAAAUGACCUAAUCUCAAAAAAUCCUCGAAUAGACUGAUGAUUUAAUAAAAUUAGAAAUAAUUGAGUUUACAAACUUGUUACUAUCUUCAUUAUUUAGAUAUUAUAGUAUCGCAAUAGACUUUUAUUUUAAGUCGUUGUGGAUGAUUAUCUAGUGAUAUUAUAUACAUUUUUACCAUUUGCAUCUAGCUAUUAUUCUAUAACAAGUUCAUAAUUAUUAAAAAUAAUAUUGAAUCUUACACCCUUUUAUAUAAUUCUAUUUUAUUUAGUUACUUUUAUAGACUGUUAAAAAAUAAGAAAUUAGAAUUAGUAUUCCUUACAGUCUUAUCAAAUUAAAUUUAUUCAAUUUCAAACUUAAAAUUGCACAAAAUUUUAAUUAAAAAUUAUACAUUUAAUAUAUAUUGUUAAUUACUGCUAUUGUAAAGUUAAAAUGCAUCUUUUAUCUGCUUAACUAUAAGUUAUUUCUUUUUUAUUCUCUAAAAUAUUAUUUCAGCUAAAACUUUUAUUAUUUGUAGUGUAAUAAACCUAUAUUACAGUGAACACUAGAUUUAUAAUGCUGAAUUGUGUAUUUUUAAAAAAUUAUUUUAUAAUGCGAAUUAGGGGCCAUGACUCUUUGAUAUGAUAUAUUAAAUAUUUAGUAUUUACUUAUAGAAUUAUUUUUAAAAAAGAAUUGACUUAGCUAAUGUACAUAUUUUUUUUUCAUUAUUAUAUCUUAAUGAAACUGUUUUAAUACACAGUUUGACAGAAUUAUUUGUUCCUGUGUAUGUACCUCUGCACUAAUUUCUUUAUUAUUAUUAUUAUUAUAAUUAAACUUCUCCGCCGAUCAUUUUAUAAUAUUCAUUUUUCAUACUAAUUUAUAUAUUAUUUAUACACUUCCAUUUAUUAGUCUUCCGAAAUGUAAAAUGUGUGUAAUUAUUUUAGUAUAACAUUGAGUAUUUUAUGUGAAUUUUUUUUUUUAGUAUAUUAAAAAAUUUAUUUUCUUAAAAUUAUUAAUUGUAAUGUUUUAUAGUUUCUAUACAAGCAAUUAAUUUUAUAAUAAUUAUUAUUUAUGAUGUGAGUGAAAAAGCUUAUUUAAACACUGAAUAUUUGUCAUAAGUAUAAAUGUUUGUGUUGAGUUUUAAAAACUUUAUCCUUUUAUCUAGUUUUCAGUUAAUUGAAGUAACAAAGUCAUUGAAAGAUAUUUGCUUAAUUAAGAAUAAGAACUUAUAUACAACAUCUUGUAAUUCAUACAUUUUUUUUUUAAUAAUUAGUAUAAUUUUUGACCAUUACUACCUAAUUAUAAAAGUCUAAUGCACAUAAUUAACAUAACUUUUUUGCCGAAAUAUUUUUUUAAUUAUUUGAAAUUUAUUUCUUUAUUAAUAUUAUGAGACUGUCUUAAAAUGUAUUUUGAAUCUCUAUUUUUUAUUUUAAUAUGCGGAUCUUGGCGGAGAAAGUAUAUUAGCCCUUUUUAAAUAAUAUUCUCAACUAUUAUUGUUUUAAACCAAAAAUAUACCAAAUGUUUCUACAAUUAGUAAUAAUGUAAUUAAGUUGACAAUUUAGAACCAACUAAUUUUUUUUUAUGUAUGAGAAGUUAUUGUAGAACAUCUUUAAAUAGUUAUUUGUUAAACUUUUGUGAUAGAUUUUGAGUCAUUAAUUUUGUAUGUACAUAUUAAAUCAUGUUUUUGUUUAUAUAAAUAGUAUACUAAUGGUGCAUCACUUUAUUUAUAUAAAAUGUUAUAAAAAAAUUUGUUACUCCAUUAUAUCAUUGGGAUAAGUCUUGUAUAAUAAUGCACAUACUAUUUUAAUUAGUAAAAUUCUUUAUGCUAUAUGGCACAAAUUCUAUAUAUAAAUGAAAAAAAAAAUUAUUUUAUUUUAUAAUGGUCUAAAAUUGUACCAUAAAUAAUAAAUUAAUUUUUCCAAAAAUACAACUCGUUUAUAUUAUUUAUUAUUAAAAUCUUUAUAAUUUUUAAUCGUCAAAUGGCUGUGUUAUAUAAUUGUUAAUAACAAGCAAUCAAAUGAUAUUUGGUCUCUCUAAUUUAAUAUUUAUUGUUUUACUUAAUUUAAAAAAUACCUAUUAUACUAUAUUAUGUAACUUUCAAACGUUAUUUCACAUUUAAAUUAAUUUAUAUCAAAAAAAUGUAUAUUUUAAUUUGAAUAUUAAACAUAAAAAUCUAUUAACCUGGAAUACUUAAAACAUCUGGACAAUUAAAAAUCAUUAAAAAAAAAAAAGCAUUUUAUAUUUUAACAUAUUAGUUUCAAAAAUUAUGUAAUAACCAAAAUAUUGAUAUGUAAAAUGAGGAUAUUGUUAUAUAUUAAUAUUAGUUCAAACAUUUUUUACCUGUUAUAGUAAUAAUGAUUUGUUUUUUUUUUUUUUUACAUAUAAAUUAUGCUAAACGAGUAGAUAUACCAUAAUAUAUUUGCUGUAUUGUUAAAGCUAAAAAACAUAUCUUAUUUAUUACUAAUAUUUGCAGUUAGAUAUAAUUAUAUUUACCUAAUAUAUAGAAUUUGACAUUGUAAGUAUAUAUAAAAACUAAUCAAUAGAUUUGUGAUAGCACCAAUUUUUUAGUGAGAUAAUGUUUUUUAAUGCUCCGUCCGCCAUAAAGCCUGAUAUAUUAAUUAUCACUGUACAUCAUUUAGAAAAUGAUACCUAUAUGUUAUUCUAUUUCUAAAUAACUAUUAUAUAAUGAAAUAUUAGAGUGUAGGUGAUAUUAUUUAAUAUACCAUUAUGUUAUGGACUUAGAAUUCACUUAUAGUCAAAUUCCAAUUUGUUUGUUUUUAUCAUGCUAUUUCAUCAAAAAAUGUUUAGCUUAAUAAUUUUUUGAAACACUGAAAACUCCUUAAGAAUCCUAAUCCGUUCAAUUUUAUUGGUGUAGUUCAUGUUAUUAUCAUAAUAUAAUAAAUAAAAUUUUAAAAGUCUUUAUUCUGUAUACAUGAAACUUUUUCUCCUAAAAUUAGUGUUUUUUAGUUAAAAUAUGUAGGAGAAUAUAUGUUAUAUGUAGGUAAAUGUCUAAUUAAUUAUCUAGAAAAAUUUAGAUGGAUUAUCUAAACAAAAAUUUAACAGUACUCAAUGAAAUUAUAUUACUACACACCCAUAAUUUUCAGGAAGCUUAAUCCUAGUAGAAUACAAAACUUUUAUGGUAAUCAAAAUUACCUUAAAUAAAUCUACUAAUCUUCCUUUUUGUUAUUUUAUGUUAGAUGAAAGUAUACAUCACCUAUUAAUUAUUUAGAAAUAUUAUAAUUUUAUAGUUAUAAAAAAAUUAAUUUGUAUUUGUAUUCCAUUUAUGAUAUUUAAACAUUUGCUUUUAUAUUCUUUCUUUCAUUUUUCUUUAAUAUUUGUGUUUUUUUUUUAUAAUAUAUAAUUUAUACAACUAUACUAUUUAUAUUAUAAUAUAAAAUUAAAGAGAUGGAACAUAUGUUCAUAAUAUAAAUUGUAAAAUCAUAUUAAUUUUUAAUUAUAAAAGAAAAAAGCCUCAUAAUCGUGCCAUAUACAAAUAAAUUAGAAACUAAAGUUUUAUUUUAUAAAAAAACAUAAAAUUUAACUCCAUAUUAUUGAAAUGAGUUUUAUGCAUUUAAAAUAUAUUUAAUGAAAUUUUUGUAUGAUGUGUUAGUAUUAAAUUUGACAUUUAUCAUUCUAAUUUUAUGUAAAAAUUAUAUUUUUUAAAAGCAAUUAUUAUAUACUAUGAUUCACCAUAUU